UUGACUUUGAUAACGUAUCACUAAAAGUUCUAGUUUGUUGUUGUUUUGGCUUUGGGGCUUGUUUUAGUAAUUUUAGACAAAACAAUGAGGUUCUUCUCUUGGGGGCCAAACAGUUGUGGCCAACUAGGCCAGGGGACAACUGCUGAAGAGUGUAGGGAGCCAGUUGAAGUCAAGAUGAAAGACGUUUCCAUGGACAGAAUCGUUUGCAUGUCUGGUGGUGCAAAUCAUAGUUUCCUGCUUAGUGACGAUGGCUCCCUUUGGUUUGCCGGCAAAGACGAUGUAGUUAAUGGUGGUGAUGUCGUGCCUAAUUUUGAAAAAUUGGACCAAUUUGACGGUUUGAGGCUGUCCAAGGUUGCAACCAUGUGGAACACCUCGCUCGCCCUCACAGCUGACGGACAGUGCUUUGGCUGGGGAUCGAACAGCUUCGGCCAACUAGGACUCCCUGAGAAACAGAUUCUUGAUAUAAAGUUAUUAACGAAGGAUAAAGUCAAAGAUAUAGCAGUUGGCUUGAGACAUUGCCUUAUUCUUAAGGAAGAUGGAACCAUAAUUUCUGCAGGAAGUGGAAAAUGCGGCCAAUUAGGAAGAGAUGACAACAGGAUCGGAUUUCAUCCUGUUGACAGGUUGAAAGAUGUUGUGAAUAUUUGUUGUGGCAUGAAUCACAGCUUGGCUGUAACAAAAGAAGGUAAGCUGUAUUCAUGGGGCGCCAACAAGUUUGGCCAACUAGGCCUGGAUCCUGCAGUCCAUGAAAAUUCGAAAUACCCAGUCGAAGUGGAGCUGCCGGUGCCUGCUUCUGAAAUACUCAAUUCAAAAUUAAUGUCCGGCUGGACUCACUCAGCUGUAUUAUCAAAAUGUGGAAAGCUGAUCAACUGGGGAAGGAACAACUAUGGACAACUGGGUGACUCUAGUGGAGCUGUUAGAUGGCGACCAAAAAUUCUUCCUGGUUAUAACUUCAAUGACGUAAUCUCAGGUGCUGAACACAACCUAGGACUUGUUGAAAACACUCUUUGGACCUGGGGUUGGAAUGAGCAUGGUAGUUGCACAUUCGACAAAGACAACGUGCUUGAACCCUCUAAAGUAAACCUGAAAGACAUCGUCAAAAUCGGUGUUGGUGCGAGCCAGAGCUUUGCUUUAACUUUAUAAUUAUAUAUUUAAAAUUAUAUUUUGUACACUUUCUUAAAAUUGGAUUAUUUAUUUGGCACAAUUUCUUCUUUUUUUUAACUCCAUGUGCUCAGUUAAAAUUAAGGUUGUUUGUCACAACAAUCAAUUAAAAUUGAUUACAUUGUAAUAAAGAAUUUUGUAGUUUUAUAUCAAUGUUUUCAAAUCUGCUGUGUAUUUAUAAUUAGCCUGUUCUUUUGACCUUUUUGUCGUCACAUUAGCUUAU